UCUUAGAACUCCAAAAAUAAUGUGUAUCCAAGUUGAGAAAAUAAAACAGCUUCCCCUCCACUGCAACAAAAGUGACAAGCGGCAAGAGUAGACAACCAACCCAUCCAAGCAAUCAAUCGGCGGCGCCGCCGCUAGAUUUCGGGAGGGAGCGAUGAGGUUUAGGGUUCGUCCCCCAUGGCCCCUCCUCGCCUCAGGCCGCCACCACCUCUCUCGCCGCCUCCACGCCAAAUCCGGCCACUCUGGCGCCGGCCAAGGCAAUUUUCUUCUACCUGGUGCAACAGCAGCAGUUCUUGUCAUGCUUGGUGCUCUUCAUGCUAGGCGUAUGUAUGAUGACAAGAAAGUUGUUGAAAGGAAGGAGAAAGGAAUUGAGCCAGAGUUUUCGCCAGAUUUUAAGGCUUCGUUUUUGAGGCUUCUACCACUGCGUUCUAUGUCGCGUUUCUGGGGAUCCUUGAUGGAAGUGGAAGUCCCAGUUUUCAUGCGUCCCACCAUCUAUAAAGCAUGGGCUAGAGCAUUUCACUCUGAUUUGCAAGAAGCUGCUCUUCCUCUAGAAGAAUAUCCUUCUUUACAAGCAUUCUUCACCCGCUGUCUCAAAGAAGGAUCAAGGCCUAUUGACCCAGAUCCAAACUGUCUGGUGAGUCCUGUGGAUGGUAAAGUUUUGCGGCUUGGAGAGCUACGAGGUCCAGGAACCUUGAUUGAGCAAGUGAAAGGCUUUUCUUAUUCUGUUUCUUCUCUUCUUGGUACGAGUUCAUCCCUUCAUGAUGCCACAGAGGAAGAUUUUUCUAGGGAGCACAUAGAGCAAAAUAUGCCCAAGAAUUCAAAUACAAAAUCAUGGUGGCGAGUAUCAGUUGCUUCACCUAAACUACAGGAUCAAACACUGUUGAGCCCAAAGAAAGGCAUCUUUUAUUGUGUCAUUUAUUUACACCCUGGUGAUUAUCAUCGAGUUCACUCUCCUGUUGAUUGGAAUAUUUUAAAACGUCGGCAUUUCUCAGGUCAUCUCUUCCCCCAGAAUGAACGUGCUGUGCGGACCAUCAGAAACCUGUAUGUCGAGAAUGAAAGGGUGGUACUUGAAGGUCGAUGGAAAGAAGGCUUUGUUGCAAUUGCAGCAGUUGGUGCUACUAAUGUUGGUUCUAUCAAACUAUCUAUUGAACCAGAGCUGAGGACAAAUAGACCAGGGUCAAGGAUGCUUCGCUCCCAGUCUCCUGAGGAACGUAUAUAUGAACCUGAAGGCACCGGCGUGAUUGUCAAAAAGGGGGAAGAGAUAGCAGGAUUUAAGAUGGGAUCAACCGUUGUCCUGGUGUUUGAGGCCCCCGUGUGGAAGGCAAGGGAAGACGGCACCAUGUCUUCCGACUUCAAUUUCUGCAUCAGGGCUGGCGAUAAGAUUAGGGUGGGAGAAGCCAUUGGGCGGUGGAGCGAAUCAUCAUAGUAUGGAUGUUGCGCCUGAUGUUGUAGUUUCUGGUAGUUGAGAGCGCAACCCUCUAUUUGCGAUGGCACAACCCAACCUGCAACGAACAGCUAUUUUUUAAGGAAGAGAUCAUCUUGUGGAGUAUGAAAGCAUGCACGUAUGUAUGUUAGUGCGUUGUUCUCUUGUGGUUGGUUUCAUUGUGUAGGGAAAAACGCGAUACAAGUUUGAUCUGACAAUGAAGCCGUUUCGGCAGUGAGGCUGACCAAACCAAA